UGGGGUACCUGUCAAGGGGCGGGGCUACCCUCAUGGCCCUCAACAGCUUGCCAAAACUUGUUAAGCGGCCCUCCAGCUGAAGUAACGGCCUGCUGCUGUUCUAAACAUUUUCCCAUGAGAGGCAGUCUCUUUGCUGCAACUCUCCUGUCCUCCAAAACCCAAAAUCUAGGUAGCUUAAACUUUAAUAUGGUUUGGUGGUGGUGUGCUGUAAUGUGAAAAGACCUUGCUUACUGUGCCCGAAACUGCAAAACGAUUUUCAGCAUUUAAGUAUCAGGUUUUGACUAGUCUAAACUAACCCACAGCUGAGUCUUUUUGGACAAGCUUUGGAUCUUUUAAAGCUGUUUGAAAUAAGGUCUCUCUUUUUUUUUAAGUGGCCUCUUUCCAGGCUGUUAAUUAUUGCUGCAAAGAACAGAUUGUGGGAGAUAAGCUGACUGUUAUCUUCCUGUAGUAUAGUGUAUGUAAGCUGCAAUGCUGCUGGGCUUUACUUAUUUUAUUAAAGUCUUGGCACUGUAUCAUGAAGAGUAAGAUUGUUGUAGCCAAGGGAAUAAUCUCUCUUCUUUCACUUCCUCUAAAUACAGACUUUCUUGGAGGGAGCAGUUUUAUUGAUCAUUAGAUUGGCGUUAAACAUUUCUCCCUCUUUGAAGGUAUUAAAAGCUCUAUACAGAUGUCUGCAGUGGUGUGCAUAUGUGUGAACUAGUCCUUUGGUCAUGACUGUCAUUGUAUAGAUCUUCAUUUCAACACUGCAUGCUCAUGCUAUCCAGCAUAGAGGGGUCUUUUCAAGUAUAUUGAGGCAGUCAUUCAGGACAGUGAAAUGGAGGAAUCGAUCAAGUUAGAUUAGCAACCUAAUGAGCUAUUAUACAUUGGCAGGUUGGUCAAUAGUAGAGGCCCAGCAGUGUAUUUGAGAAGAGGGCUUCCUUUGAAAUCUACCCAGAGCCUUCCUGCAGAAGAAAGCUCUGUACUUUGGUUCUGCUACUUUCAAUCUGGAGCUAGAAUGACAGCACUUGCUGACUUACAUUACAGCAAUGGGCUGCCACUCUCUCUUUUCAACUUCAGGGGCCAAAAGAACCUUUUUGUGGUGAUUACUGCUUGUCACAUGAUUAUUUUGGCUGCUUCUGUGUUACUGUUGUCUGCUUUUCCUAGGUACUUCAUGACUGCAGUUCUAAAUUCUUAAAGCUAGUCUGAUGUUUUUUGUACAUCAUCAGAAGGCCUCUAAGAUAGAUGGUUUGGGGUGGUGGGCUGUGGCAGCCAACUGGUCACUCCAUUGGGCAGUCCAGGAUACUUAAAGAAGACUACUACUUACACUGGCUCUCCCUUCUUAUGUUUCUUAUUGGAUUUUUACAAUCUGCUUGGUGGAACAAUUUUUUCCUUACUCAGGAAAUGCACACAAAGGAGAGAUCUACUUUUCAGUGUCUCUCCUAUGCAUUUCUAGCAUGAAACCCAGGGUAUUUGAGUAGAUAUGGACUCCUUAACCUAGUAAGUGUUUGACUUAACUAGUAGAUAUAAAACUUAAAUUUACAGCUUUGACAUCCAUAUUUAUCUCUGAUUUCUUCUAGAUGGGAUGUAGUAGGGACUUGGGAGUAUGAAAACAAACUUUUUUACUUAAAAAUCUUCAUGCAAGGAAACUAAAUGUAAAAACCUGAACGUUAACUUUUACAAUGGGAACUGGCAUUUCCAGUAAACAAUUGAAUCCUUGUAAAACGUCUGAUGGGGAGGGAAGGGGAGGGCAAAAAAGGGAAAAAGGAAAUUAAAAAAAAAAAAGCAAGCUGGUUAUUGUGCUACCUACCCUGAUUCCCCUUCCUUCUCCCAAUUGCCGCCUCACUGCCAUUCAUUGAAAGAGAGAGAAUUGUGGUGUGCUAAUUAGAGCAAUAAUUCAUUUCUACUAGUUAAGUGCCCUUUGUUUCUAAAGCUAGUAGAACAUAGGCAGGACCUCUGAGCUUGUGCAGCUUUUUAGGAUGGGUUCUCUGGCAAGUUUUUGUGAGCUUUGUUGGAGUGAUAGCAUAAAGCCCUUUCAAAUGCCAAAACCAUAGAAGUUACUGUCAGCUGCAGAAUCCCAGAUACCCUGGUGAUCACUGCACUUGGGUCUGUUCUAUGUCAAGAUAGACAACACUAGAAAUAAGAGAGGAGUACAGACCCAUGCAGAAUGUGGCAGCUGAAUAUUGUACCAUCCAGUUAUGCUUUUUGCUUCUCUUGGAUUAUGGAAGUUUGAUCAUGCCAAAAUUGGUGUUGUAACCUCAGAAUGUGAGAUCUGAUCAGCUUGGUUUUGGAAAAAAAGCAAACCGUAUGAUAAAACCUUAAAGCAGCCUUGCUGUUCACUUCCUAAGUAGAUACUUUUUCCAUUUAGAAAACUAACAUGGUGUUUGUAAAAUUUAUAAAUAGCCACCCAAAAUUUUGAAGCAUCUUAAUCUGAUAUGUGGACAAACAGGAUUUUUCUCUUGAAUUUGCUCUAGGAAGGGGCAGUUGUAUACCAUGUGCUUUGAUUUUAUUGUUCUACAGGGCGCUUCAUCUGAGCAAGAUGUGCUCGUAUUUCAUUUUAUUGCUAUUGUUAGUGGAAGUUGACGUAUUGUAACUGAUCAAAUGAGAUCAGGAGUCCCCUUGCACAGGUGGACAGUAGGUCACACCAAAAAUCUGUGUUUUAAUUUCUCAAAGAAGAUUGAAGUGGGAAAGGAGACUUGCAUACCUCUUUGUUUCUUCACUGGCUGCUUUGCCUAAGGAAAGUGUAUUCUCCCUUCAUAUACUCUCUUUUUUUUUUAACUCUGGGAUUUCAUCUAACAGAAAAUAAUAGGAGUAACUAUUCUGCAGUCCACAAUGGUGGUUCAUUUUAAGUUAAGCUUUUGGUGCUUGGUGAGUAUCAAUUCACUCACUCCUAAAGUCAUCGAGGCAUUGGGUUUACAUCUGCCUGCCAGCAGGUGGAGCCUUGAGGACAGAGUUAAUGUUCAAACUUGUUUAUUGGUAAUUGUUUCUCUGGUAUGUCAGGAGGUAGAAAGUUUUCACCUGGUAGCACAGGUUUUCUUUUCAGCUGGGGGAUGCUCCCAUCAAUGAGUAGUGUUUGGGGAGAUAGAAGGUUGCUUAGAUGUAGGGACCCUCUGUCUCCAUUGGGAUACCUGAGGGUAUCAUCACCAUUUUGAAAUCACGUGACAUUUGUUUCAUACAUUAGUUCCUCUUUUCUUUUCCCAUCCUUUCCCUCUGGAGGAAGGUUUAGCAGAUGAAAUCCAGGGAAGCAGAGAUCUGGUCUUGCCUUUUCCUUCUUAGAUUCAAGCCUACAUGGCCAAUUCUUCCUGCCCUCCCCUCCUAUGUCCCUUUUAUGAGGAAUAGUCUCUUUUGGCAGUCUUCCACUAUUCUUUAGCUUCUCUUUUCUAGUAAAGGUCCUGGUUGAAGUUUUUUUGAGGUAUUUGUUGGAAACAGGGAUAAUCUUGCAUUGGGAAACAAACUCUUGGGAAGCAGAUGCAAUUCAAUAUUGAUAAGUGCAAAGUGAUGCACAUGGUGCAGAAAUUAACUCAAAAUAUGCAUACAUAAUGAUCGGCUCUACAAUAACUUACCACAGAAGGAGGAAAUUUUGGAGUCUUUGUGGACAGUGCUAAAAACAUCAGCACAGUGUUUAGUAUGAAGCAAACGAUGUUAGGAAUUAUUAAGAGAGGAAUUGUAAACAAAACAAACUAUCAUUAUGUCCCUCUAUAAAUCUGUGGUGCAUCCACACCUUGAAUAGUGUUGGUCCUUCACCUUGAAAAGGACAUAGAAGACCUAGAAAAGAUACUGAGAAAGGAAACACAGAUGAUUGGGGUAUGGAGGGGCUUCCAUAUGAGAAGAGAGGAUAAAUUAGCUAGGACAGGGCUUUUCAACCUGUGGUCUGUGGGCCCCUGGGGGUCUGUGGGGUCCACGAAAGAUGACUGUGAUCAGUCAAAAGUAUGUGAAUACCCACACUUACAAUUCGCAGGGCUCUGCAUCUCCAUUUGAAUUUUUUUAGGCAUCAGCAAAUGAAUAAAGGUUGAAAACCACUGGGCCCAGGACUCUGCAGCUUAGAAAAGAGGCACUUUUGGAGGGAGGAGGAGGGCAGCAGACAUGACGGAGGCUUACAAAUAUUAAAUGAUGCAGAGAAAAUAAAUGGGGAUUUAUUUACUCUAAAUAGUAUAGCUAGGGAACAUAAAAUUAAACUGUCAGGUUUAAAAUCAGCAAAAGAAUUUUUUGUCACAACAUGCAGCUAAUUGGUGGAACUCUAUUACCACAAGAUGUUGUGGCGGCUGAUGAUUUAACUUGGUUCUAAAGGGGCUUAAGCUAAUUAAUGGAGGAAAAGUCAUUCAAUAGUCUUUGACAGUCAUAGGUAGGGGUUCAGCCUCUUAAUUGGAACUUCCUAACUUCUGAAUGCUGGAAGCUACAAUGGGAGAGGAGCAGGGGGUGGGUAAUGGUUAUCCCUGUUUACCCUCCUCAGCAUCUGCUCUCUACUGCUAUGUGGGUCAAGAUACUGGGCUAAAUGGACCUAUUGUCUGACCCAGUAAACGGUAGUUCUUAUGUAAGCUCAGAGGUGCUGCGGGUUCCUUGCUGUCUUGCCAGAUGCAAUUGCAUGAGGAUACAUUUGAUGCAGGUAGAAUUCGUAAAGUUAACACUGUCAUCUGGAAGCAUUUCCUGGAAAAGGAUGUACUGGAACUAAGAGCUCUCUUCUUAUACCUAGGAAAUUCUAAGUCCCAGGAUCAUCCCAGGAAAGGUAAAAUAUAAACUAACAAGAAAUAACGACUAUAAACAAAGUUAAGCAAGCAAGAAGUUGAUGAUCCUUUCCUAAGAACCUAACAGCCUAAACCUGUCCAGAUGUUGUGCACAGAAUGAGAUGGUUUUGAUUUAAAAAAAAAAAAAGAGGGAAUUUGAAACCGCUCUUGGACUGGCAUAGUUUUCCUUCAUAAACUUGGGUAUAGGAGCAGAUAGUUGGAAACAAUACCAUCUUCGCUACGAAGUUCAUUCACUGUUCAUAUUUGGAGGAGUGACAUGGGGUAGUGCUCCCUGUCUAGAUCUGAAAACAGCCCAGCAUUGCUGCUCCUGCUGCUCAGAGCUUUGUGACAAGAAACCAGAGUCUCCUUACUGCUCUUUAGCCAGAAAUGAAGAUGGUAAGAAUUGGAUCAGUUUAAUUCUACUGUUACUGAUGCUCAGGUUUCUAAAAAAGCAAACAAGACCUGUAGGUAUUUACUGGGAAGAAAUCAAGAACAGAAGCUGAAAGAGGACUGGAGUGGCAGCCAGGAGGCUGAAGGGGAGGGAUAAAUUGACUAAAGUAGGCAUUUUAUAACAGCUGAGAGACUUGUUGAUGGAUACCUCUUUCUCUGAGAAGAGGGCUUCAAGUUGUGCUUUGAAUCUGUGCCCCCCUCCUGUGUGUUCACCCCUGUGAACUAGGAUGAUGCAAAAGACAGAGACCAUGAACACUUUGACUAACAGGGAUGCCAAAGGAAAAAUAUGAUCCUCCAGAUCCUCGCAGAAUUUAUACCAUCAUGUCAGCAGAGGAGUUAGCCAAUGGGAAGAAGUCUCACUGGGCAGAAUUAGAAAUCUCGGGUAGAGUGCGGAGUUUAAGUACAUCACUUUGGUCACUGACGCACUUGACUGUUCUUCACCUCAAUGACAAUAAUCUUACUCGCAUUCCACCUGAUAUUGCCAAGCUCCAUAAUCUGGUUUACCUGGAUUUGUCAUCCAAUAAACUUAGAAGUUUACCAGCAGAACUAGGAAACAUGGUAUCUCUCAGGGAAUUGCUUUUAAAUAACAAUCUGUUACGGGUUUUGCCUUAUGAACUUGGACGGCUCUUCCAGCUACAAACCCUAGGUUUGAAAGGCAAUCCUUUAUCGCAGGAUAUUCUCAGUCUGUACCAGGACCCAGAUGGAACACGUAAGCUACUGAACUACAUGCUUGACAAUCUAGCAGUUCACCCAGAGCAGUUGCCUGCAAGGCCAUGGAUUACUUUAAAAGAACGAGACCAAAUUCUGCCCUCAGCUUCAUUCACAGUUAUGUGUUACAAUGUAUUGUGUGAUAAAUAUGCCACCCGGCAGCUAUAUGGCUACUGCCCAUCCUGGGCAUUAAAUUGGGAGUAUAGGAAAAAGGGAAUCAUGGAAGAAAUCGUACAUUGUGAUGCAGAUAUCAUUAGUCUUCAGGAAGUGGAAACAGAGCAAUACUUCAUUCUCUUUCUGCCAGCAUUAAAAGAACGUGGAUAUGAUGGAUUUUUCUCUCCAAAGUCACGUGCCAAAAUCAUGUCUGAGCAGGAGAAAAAGCAUGUGGACGGCUGUGCAAUAUUCUUCAAGACAGAAAAAUUCACAUUGGUGCAGAAGGACACCGUGGAGUUCAACCAGGUAGCAAUGGCCAACUCUGAAGGUUCAGAAGCUAUGCUAAACAGAGUCAUGACGAAGGACAACAUUGGAGUUGCUGUGGUGCUAGAGGUGCACAAAGAAUUAUUUGCAACAGGUAUAAAGGCUCUUCAUGCUGUGGACAGACAGCUGCUUAUUGUGGCAAAUGCCCACAUGCACUGGGACCCUGAAUACUCAGAUGUGAAACUUAUUCAGACUAUGAUGUUUGUCUCAGAACUGAAAAAUAUCCUUGAGAGAGCCUCUAGCAGGCCUGGUAGCCCAACAGCAGAUCCUAAUUCUAUUCCUCUGGUGCUGUGUGCGGAUCUUAACUCCUUGCCUGAUUCAGGUGUUGUGGAAUACUUAAGCAAUGGUAUAGUAGCUGACAACCAUAAGGACUUCAGAGAGUUGCGUUACAAUGAGUGUCUCAUGAACUUCAGUGGUAACGGAAAAAAUGGAGCUUCUGAAGGAAGAAUCACACAUGGCUUCCAGCUUAAGAGCGCCUAUGAAAACAACUUGAUGCCUUACACCAAUUACACUUUUGAUUUCAAAGGUGUAAUUGACUACAUUUUCUAUUCCAACACUCAUAUGAACGUGCUUGGUGUCCUCGGGCCUUUGGAUCCUCAGUGGCUGGUUGAGAACAACAUCACUGGGUGUCCUCACCCUCACAUCCCUUCAGACCACUUCUCACUGUUAACACACCUCGAACUCCACCCUCCACUCCUGCCUCUUGUCAACGGUGUUCACUUACCAAACAGGAGGUAGUGGAGCCCUGCCCCUUAGAGGGCUAGGACCUGUUGUUAUGGACCUGUACAGUUGUAAAUCAAAGUAUGUAGGAGUGAAGUAUGGCCAACCUUAAGCUGCUUCUUCAAGCUCCUUUCAUUGUGUGUUUGAUAUGAGACUUUGCACAUUUUGGUGCAUAUUGGUAUCAUUUGGCACUAGGGCUGGAACCAAAGUAUUAUUCCCUUUUCAGGUUUUUAAUUUAAUUUUUAAGCUGGCAAGCUUGUUUUGUUUCAUUUGGAAACUGCAUUUGUAAACAGACGCAUCAGAUUGAAAACUUGCAUAUUAAUCUAUCUAAAAUGUAAUGCUUUAUUCCAAAUUGUAGCAAAAAGAGCCAUUUUUAAAAGGAAGGAAAAUAUGUAACACUUAGAACUGAAUGAAAAGGACUUGUUUUGUAGGGCAAAUAAUUAGAAAUACUAACUUUUUCGGGACUCAGAGAUAUGAGUGCUGCACCCAAAACAAAUUUUGCACAUCAGCAAAGCACUUAAUGUUGACUGUAAAUUAUUAACAGUGUAGCCCUUCCCUUCUCCCCAUCUAGCUAAUGUUUUAAAACCAAAGAUGGUCGCAUAUAUCUAUUGAAAUUUGAGGGCUAAAUUAUCUCCUGAUGUAUCUCCAUUCACUACGAUGGAAAUAUGCCAUCAGAACAAUUAGAUCUGAGCAUUUAAAGCUGUAUAAAACUCUCUUGCUUGGCAGACAUAUUGGUAACUUGCUUGGAACUCUGAAGAACAUAAUUUUUUUAUUUUUCUGACUAAGAAAUUUAUCAACCCGAACUCUAUUAAACAGUCAUCUUAGACAAACCAAGACAGGAAGCUGUUCAGCAACAUAGCAUGGGAACAGGACUUCAGAAAUAAAGUUAAGAAAUUGCACUUAAAAAUUGUUGCAAGAAUUUUUUGAGUUGUGUUCUGCAAGAGCAAAUUUGUUCCAACCCUAUCCUUGGGUCCCCUUUCGAAAAGUUAAGUUGCAAAGAUGGAUUGGAUUUAACUGGUCAAACUAGGGGUACAGGAAAAACAUCUCUGGAAAUGAUCUUACUUCUGUCUCCAAACGGCAUGUUAAAUAACUGUCUAGGUGUUUUUGUGUGUGUGGGGGAGGAGAGAGUGGUAGCCAUCGUCAUUCCUUGGAUUAUUUUUCCUGACCCUAGUUGCCAAAUAGCCAUCAUAUGCUUUUAAUAAUCGUUGUUUCUCUUUGUUGGUUAGGGUUGAAUUAAAAAGCUACUGGUUCAUUCCCAACUAUUAAUGUUCUCAAGUUGUGCUGGAAUCUUUUCAUUUAUGCUCUAGGUGGCCAGUUCAAAACUUUGUGCCUCAAGAGGCAGUAAACAUAAUGCAAUUUUCUGAAAGAAUUUAGUAGGCUGCUUUAAAUGUUUAAAAAAUGGCACAAUAAUAAGAAAAGGUUGUCUGUGUUUUUAAGUUUUUCUUUAUUCUGCUUUUUUGCUGCUAUAAGAUUUUCUUGAAUUUAUAUUUUAAACUUUUCAUGCACUUUACUGUUUCUAGUCUCAAAAUGUGAUAUUUUUAAUAAAUAAGAAUUUUUUCCAUUAUGUGAAUGAAAUUUUUAAACAGAUUGAUAGCCUAUAUUUAUGUCUCAUUCAUAUAUUUAAAAAUCAAAUCUAAAUUGUUAAAUUAGUUUUAAAUACUAAGGAGCCAUCUUCUGUCUUGCAAAACUGAUACUUUAGGCUGUUCCACCAUUCUUUAAUUAAUAUUCCUUUUGUCAUUUUUAUAUACAGGAAGUCAUCCAUAGAAAAUCAAUUGGGCUAGAGUAGAAAAUCUAUCCUGAUUUUUGUUUUGCUGGGGGGGAGGGCGGGGGAUGUAACGAUUGGUUUAGCAGAACAACAACUCCCAUUCAGAAGUGCCUAAAAAUGGAGGCAUCCUCUAUCGUCUAAUAUAAAUUGGACAUUUACUGUAGUUGAGUGAAAUUAAUGUAAAUAAUGUCUUUUUGUGCAACGCCAAAAAAAACCUUUUAAAGAUGGAUUUUCCUCAAGGUGCAGGUAUCUUUUUAUAUACCUCAGUGUUCAACACCCUGCCAGGCUUAUAAAUUGAAAAAGUAAUUAGAGUAUAGUACUGGAAAGUAGAAUAGCAUGAAAAACUUAAUUUUGUGGACAUUACCUUUUUGUAAUCAGCUACUGUAUCUCUUUGGAGGGGUAGGUUCUCUGCUCUGGAGGUAUGCACUAACAAACCAUUUUCCUCCUUUCAUACAUGCAUGUUAACUAGUAAUGUGAGCAAUAUUUCCUACCAUACUUCACUCCCAAUAUUUUUGAGAUGUUUGUAUAAAACGGAAUUUAAAGUUCACCUAUGAUUGUAUAUGAACUGCAGAGGAGCCCGUUUAUUAAUAAUAAUAAAAUAAACUUUUGUAAUGUUUGGGAGGGAAUAAAUUGGGAAACAUUGUAAACAGCUUAGGUUUAUUUUUUUUAAUUUUCAUUUGAUUUAUAAUUGAGUGAGACACUCUGUUGCAGGAAGGUGUUUAAUUGGGUUUUCUCUGCUUCUAAAUGCACUCUUCAGAACGUCCAUAAUCCUGUGUAAUUUUUAAGACUUGUUCUAUUUGAUAGAUGUUGCACAAAGCCUCUUCUGUGAAAAUGGGUGUUUGUGUUUCAGUUGGCACACACUUGGGGUAUGUUUACCCAAAUUUUACAUGUUCUUCCCCCUGCCACUUCUUUCCCAUACAUUCUGCUCCCCACUGCCCUGCUCUUUUUCCAACAACAAGGAGCACUACCUUUAUUGAGCUUCCAUUUCAGGUGAUCAGAAAUGCUGCUACCUUAUAAUGAUUUUGUUUUCAUUUGUGGUUUUUAAAAUACAAGUAAUUUGGAACAUUAUCAGUAAUAAACUGAUUAGUCUAAAGGCGAGCAACACUUUUAAACAAAAGCACAUGUAUCUUACAAAUGUUAAUACACACGUCAGUGUGUGUUAUGGAUGGAGACUCUUGGCUUACAAAGUCAAGGACUUGAGCAGUUUUGAAUGUGCAGAUUUUGAAAAUCUUUGAUUAACCUUUUUUUGGUAGGGGAGGGAAGGAAACUGGGGAAAGUUGAGGUACCACAGUUGUUUACAAUAAAUAGAUGGGCACCUAAAUAUACCGGGCACUGAUCCUAGUCUCCUAGUUUUAAACAUUGGGACUACUGCAGCAUCCUCAGGACUGAUAACUAGAAAAAAGUUCAAAUUCGUAUAGUGCUCCUUGCUUAGUUGGCUUUGUUUUCAAAAUAUUGUGCCUGGUGUUGACUUCAAAGCAACAGCACUGCCUAAAGCAGAGAAAAAAAAUCUAACACCAUUCUACAAGCAACUUUUUAAAAUUCGGUAUGGUAAAUCUGUUAGAUAUGGGGUUUUGUGUGUGUGUGUGUGUGUGUGUGUAUAUAUAAAAAUGAGAAUUUUUGUACAAUGUACCUGAAUAUUUUUGUUUCAUUUAUUUUGAUGUAAAGUGUGAACAUUUUGCAUACCACAUGUUGAAGUCAGGUAUGGCACAAUGGGUUCUGAGACCAGCUUUUCCCAUUUGCCUUGUUUAAAGCUAUGUCUUUUCUUCAGUUUCUUGCAUUCAUCAAAUACUUCAUUUCACCAAGAAGCUUACUUUGUGCAUUUUGAAGCCACUCUUGUUUCUAAUCUGCAGAAGCAUUAAACUGUAUUUCUUGUUAGUCCCAGCUCCUUGAUUCCUAUGUUUAUAGACUAUGGCCACAAUCUUCAAACUUACACAUUUUUCAAAAGGGCUCAAUGCUGGUACUACUCUCAAAAUUUCCCAAAUGACUUCACUGGGGACAAUGUUGAGCCAGUGCUGAGAAAAUCUGAAAAUCUUCCAGCCUGCUUGCUUUUAAAGUCUGAUUCCUCAACUGAUGUUCAGACACUUAAAUUACUACUAGCCUGCUGUGCAAAGGUGCUGAGCACCUGUGGCUCAGGUUUACUUAAGAAUUUCUGACAAUCAGGCCAUCUAUAGUUUUGGUGUUUGUUGUACAUGACUUUAGGAGCCCUACUUUCAGCACCUGGUUCUGAAGGCUUUGGUCUAAUUUACCAAGGAGUAGACUAAGAUAUGAAAGGCUCAUAUCACUUGAUUCCAUGGGGGCUACAUUUUUGGUUGGUGGGGGGUUACAGAUGUGGACUAUGGAGAAGAGAAAAACUAUAAUUUUUAAAAAGAAAUUAAAGGUUACUUUGUGUUUUAACUAUAAUAAGUUAUGUGAGGAAACCAUUCUUUUACUUACCCAUUUAAAUAGUUUUAAGACUUCUAAAUCACUUGUGCGUUAUUAAUAUUCUCCCAAUAGUAAACUGAGAGGAAGAAGUGGGCAGUUAUUAACACCUUUCCUUUCUUUGUUUCUUUUUUAAAGGUCAGAUUUAAACCCUACAACAGAAUUGACUGUUUCCAUUCUAAAUCUAGGCUUUCAGCAUCAAAAAUUCAGCAUGAAACUUGGCAUAUGAGAUUUGAGUGAAAGGAUUUUUUAAUAAUAAUUGUCCAUAAAAAUGAUAGGCUGCAAUAUAAACAUGAAAGGAUUAGUUUGUAAUCUUGAAUUUUAUGCAACUCCCGUAACAAAUGGAGUUGUUAUAGCAGUAUUAAACUUUAAACAGGAAUUGUUUUAAAUGGCCUGAGUAGUGUAUGUAAUCCUACAAGUAGUAACUUUCCAGGUAUAUUCUGUUUUUCUGAAGUUAGUUUUCAUUAGUAAGGAAUACCUACAUAAAAAUAGAUGUCAUAACAUUUUAGGAUUACCUUUUAGAAUGACACUUUUCCCUUCUGUAUUGGGAAAAAUGAGCUGAAACAUAUUGAGACAUCAAUAAUGGCUAAACAUUAUAAAGGAAGAAGUCAUCUGCUUCUGUGUAGUUAUAUUUUAUUUGACCUGGUUAUUUUUUUCCUCAGUAUUUCAAUAGAAUGUGCUGUGUAAAUCUUCCUAUAUAUUCUGAAAUUUUGGAACUUUUAAGUCCAUCAUAUUUUUUUUUUGUAUCCAACAGUAAGCUAAAAUUAGUCAUAUAUAGAAAAAAAUUGAACAAAAACAUACAGCAUAAGUCAAGGAGUUAAUAAAAACAUAGUUAUUACAUAUGUGUAUUGUAUAUUAUAAUACAUAUUUUGAGGUCUUUUUUUUUUUUUUUAGCAACCUUCAUAAAAUGAAUUGCUCAACCGAAAAUGAAGUAACAUUGAAUAAGAUUCUGCUCCCACUGAAGCUGAUGAAAGCAUUGUCAUUGACCUUUAGACCAAUAGUUUCAUCCCUAGUGUCUAGUCUACAAAUCUACCACUACUGCUGAAAAUGUUAAAAGUGAUUUAAAAGAUCAGUGGUUGAAUACAUAGGGUUUCUGAAUGAACUAAUAAUUUCUUUCCUGUUGAAGUGGUCUAUCCAGAAUAGUAUGGAGGCAGAGUGGCACAGGGAAUCUUUAAUUUGCUAGUCUAAGAUGAAAUUUUGGGGUAGGGCUUUUUCUGUUUAAUUAUGUGG